AUGGCGGUGGAAUGCAGGAGCAGGGUACUAUAUAAUACAACACCUACACUAUACCUACAUAAUAUUAUCAGAGACGUGCACACGAUGAUGAUGUCGACGUCGCGAUUUCUCCUGACGGUGAUGGUAAUUUUGGUGUCUUCGGCCGCGGCGGUGGUGUCGUACUGCCCGCCGCAUCUAGAGCUCCAAGACAGCCAUCUCGUGAAGAACCAGUUGAAGGCUCAGCGGGAAAGCGGGAAAGCGGACGACGGCCUCGCGGUGGCGUACUUACCGGCCUACGUGAUCCCUGACGGGUCGCCGGUGGACCCGUGCGUGACAUGCCGGCCUCGCCGGACCACGCACAAUUGCCGGCGAAACACCGGGGAUGGGUGUCCGGGUCGAUCGAGCCCGACGUGCACAACGAAACGUUGCAGUUCAUCCCCAUCCCCGACCGGAUCUAUGAAACGCUUGAGCAGUUCCACGUCGAAUACUCGUCCUGCUACUGCUUCCCUGUCCUCCGGCGCCGAAGACACGACGAAAAGCAGCCCUCCUGCAUCCAUCACCAGCGUCCAACCAGACCGGAAUGAACCGUAAC